AUGAGUGGGCUCUCUUUUUCCAUUCUCAUCCUUCUUCUGUGCACAGCAUCGCCGCCCCACCUGCUGGCGACGGCAGCGCGCGACGUACUGGCGCCCGGGCAGGUGAUCACCGGGAACCAGAUUCUCGUGUCCGCCGGUGGGACCUUCGCCCUGGGCUUCUUCUACCCCGGUAGUGAGUCCUUUGGGAGAAAAAAUCGUUAUCUAGGGAUAUGGUACAACAGGAUCCCCAAGAUAACUGUGGUGUGGGUCGCCAACAGGGAUCAGCCGGUCACCGACCCUGCUGCCUUUCUUACCGUCACCGAGGACAGGAACAUCGCUGUGGUAGACUCAGAAAGAAGCUCUAUGUGGUCCUCGGACGUGCCGGGCAUCCCCAACGGAACUGUGGCCAUGCUUCUGGACUCGGGCAAUCUGGUUCUGAGACAAGAAAACGGGCAGGACGUCUGGCAGAGCUUCGACCACCCCACCGACACUUUUCUGCCUCAAAUGAAGCUUCGCUACAACCAGAAAACAGGCAUAGGCCAGAGGGCCAUUGCGUGGAGGGACGUCGACGAUCCCUCUUCGGGAAACUUCUCCUUCGGUCCGAUCUCCCAACAGCUCGUCAUCUGGAGAGGAUUCAAAACCUACUGGAGGGUCUCCUACCAAAGCACUCUGGGCUGGUAUGCAGGCUCUACGGGUGGAGUUCAGUGCUCAAUCUGGGUCUCAAGGGUGGGAGACGAAGUCUCUUUCGGCAUAACCGGCGCUGGGGGCUCUGUCCCACCGAGAUGCACUCUGGUGCCCUCCGGAGAGCUGAAGUUUAUGGUGUGGGUGGAGGCAUCGAGUGAGUGGGUUCCGACGUCUUCGUGGCCAAGCAGGUUCUGCGAUUUCUAUGCACGCUGCGGGCCGUCGGGAGCCUGCAAUAGCAACGCGAAACCGCCGACCUGCAGGUGUCUACAGGGGUUUGUUCCCAAGAACCAGACCGAAUGGGAGAAGAAAAUCUUCUCCAGCGGCUGCGUAAGGAGGGUUCGGCUCCAGUGCAGCAAAGGUGACAAGUUCCUGCAGGUGGAGAGUCUGAAGCUGCCGGAUAGAUCGAGGAUCAUUGGCAAGAAAACCGAAGCCGAGUGCAAGAUCGAGUGCCUCUCCAACUGCCAAUGCACUGCUUACAGUUAUGCCAACACGAGCGUAGAGUCAGACGGUUACAUCUGCCAAGUUUGGUACGGAGAACUCAUAGAUCUUUGGAUCGACGAUAUGGACGGGAAUGACCUGAACAUACGGCUGGUGGCGUCAGAGCUGGGUAAGCUUUAUUCCAAUAUGUCCCUUGUCUUAACAUCGCAGAGCCCACAUGAUAAUCCGCCAUGAUUCUGUUAUCCUGCUCGCAGAUAAGAUGGAAAAAUCAUUCAUGUUCCUUCUGCCGGUACUAGUUAUCUGUGCACUCCUCGUAUGGGCUGGCUCCUAUUUCCUCGUGAAGAGGCUCAGAUCACGCGGUAAUAAAUUAUCCUUCAUGUUAUUUGCCUGGACGAAGAAUGCGUAGCCGAACUGACGAAUGAUUGUCUUGAAGCCCGGAAGAGCACGGCCAGGAAGACGAUGCUGUUAGAGGACGUCGACAUUUCUGAUUCGUUUGGAAGCGACAAAGGCUUCUCAGACGCGCCCCUGGUGGACUUGAAGAGUGUACGAUGUGCUACCUGUGAUUUCUCAGAUACGAACAAGCUCGGCGAAGGGGGAUUUGGUUCCGUUUACAAGGUUAUUACCAGUAACUUGCCUCUUAGAUCAGUGCUGUUCAGGAAGUAGUUCUAGUUUAUACAUCGCAACCGCGUAGGAUGAACUCUCUUUUUCUCUCCCGCUCUCUCUCCCCUUUUCUUACUCUUCCUAUUUACAUACAAACAAAGACAGACACACACAAACACACACACACACACACACACACACACAUAUAUAUAUAUAUAUAUAUCAAUUUAUCAUGGUAUAAGUACAUCUGAGUCUCUUUAUUCAGGGGAAGCUGGUGAGUGGGCAUGAGGUAGCUGUGAAGAGGCUCUCCAGGGGCUCCAAGCAAGGCCACCACGAGUUCGCCAACGAAGUCAGACUCAUCGCCAGGCUCCAACACAAGAAUCUCGUUCGUCUUCUGGGAUGGUGCACCGACCAAGACGAGAAGAUUCUGAUCUACGAAUACAUGCCCAAUAAGAGCCUCGACAAGCUCGUAUUCGGUGGGUUUGUCUUCACUGGACUUUUAUGAUUCCGAUUCUGCCGGGAAGGAUUCAAGCUUCGCUAUUUUCGUAAAUAAUUAAUGCGGUUUUGUGUUAUUACUGGGAACCAGCCAGAUCGGAGGAACUCAGUUUGGAGAAGCGUUUGACGAUCAUCGAGGGGAUAGCGGAUGGGCUUCUCUAUCUGCAUCACCACUCUAGAAUGCGCGUCAUACACAGAGAUCUGAAGACGAGUAAUAUACUUCUCGACAACGAGAUGAACCCCAAGAUCUCAGACUUUGGGUUGGCAAGAAUAUUUGAAAUAAACCAGACCGAAGGAAAUACUAGGAAGGUCGUCGGAACGUUGUAGGUUCUAAUCAAGUUCCGAAUCUUCUAUCAGUUUCAUCCUCCUAUCGUGACUAAUCUCGGUGAAUUUCGGGCUGUGGGUGCAGUGGAUACAUGUCGCCGGAGUACGCCAUAGACGGCGUCUUCUCUGAGAAAUCUGACGUCUUCAGCUUCGGCGUGAUCGUCUUGGAAGUUAUCAGUGGGAAAAGAUGCACGGGGUAUUAUCCAUGUAGGGAGUCACUGAAUCUUCUAGGAUAUGUGAGUUCCAGCCAUCUGGUGUGCUUCUAGAUUACAUUGAGUUAUAAGAAUGGUUCUGGAAUAAAGUAUUUCGGGGAAUUUGUAUUAAACGUUUCCCCUUCCCUUCCAAUUAAUUUGCUUCUCACUCAAUGGUGCAGGCGUGGGAGCUGUGGAAAGAAGACAGGGCCGUGGAACUCCUGGAGCCGGCAGUUAAGAGCUCAUGCCAGGCGGACGAGGUUCUGAAGUGCAUUCAAGUUGGAUUACUGUGCAUUGAGGAAGAUGCGGCGGACAGACCCACUAUGAAUUCAGUCGUUUCCAUGCUGAAAAGUGAAAGCAGUGUGUUACCAUUGCCGAAGCAGCCUGGUUUUUCGUUUGGAAGAAAUCUGAGGGUCCGUGUAGGCAGAUCACCGAGAUCAUCCAUUUAUGGGUUGAGCGAGAGUAUUUUCGAAGGGCGCUGA